AAAACCAGAAGCAGCCCUCGAGCCCGUCCACUCACGCCCCCUCAUCACACCAGCCUGCGCCACUCCACUUACUACUGGCACGGCGCGACGCCAGAGCAGAGCAGUGUACCACCGCGCCCGAGAGACGUGAUGGCGCGCUGGCGCCGCGACGAGUGACGAAGCCGCCGCAGAUGGAGCCGCCGCGGCCGCCGCCGCUCAAGUCCGUGUCGACGAGCUGCGACCUGCACCCGGAGGAGACCUUCACCGGCUUCUGCACCGCCUGCCUCCGCGAGCGCCUCGCCGGCCUCGAGGCCUCCGCCGCCGUCGCCGCCGCGCCGGGCCGCAAGUCCACCUCCGCCAUCCGCUCCCUCUUCUCCAGGCCCUUCGCCGCGGCGCCGUCGGGCUCCGGCGCCGCCCCGCCGGACCUCCGCCGCUGCAAGUCCUUCUCGUGCGGCGGGCGCGGGGGCGACGCGCUCGCCGCGGACGAGCCGCAGCGCUGGUCGUGCGACGUGCGCGGGCGCAGCACGCUCUGGGCGCUGUUCCACCAGGACGACCGCGAGCGCGUCCGCGACGGCACGGCCUUCGGCGCGUUCCCCGCCUCCUCCUCUGCCGCGGCCGCGGCGCUCCCCGCCGAGUUCCACCAGUUGCCGCCGGCUCGACCGUGCGUCCCGGAGAUCUUCUUGGAGGACGAGAUCGUCAUGGCAGAGAGCUCCGACGAGAUAACUCCGGUGGUGGAGCCCGUCUUGGUCGUGGGCACCUCGGGAGAGAUGGAGACCGAAGCUUAUGGGACCGGGGAGGUCAAGGCCAUGAAGGAUCACAUAGAUCUCGAAUCUUCGCUGCCCAAGAAGCCGCCGCCCAUGGACCUGAAGGAGAUCGCCGGGAGCUUCCGGCUCGCUGCCUCGGUCUUCAGUAAGAAGUGGCACAAGUGGCGGCGCAAGCAGAAGCUCAAGAAGGAGGAGGCAGCCGGCAGCAAGGCAACGGCCGCGGCAAUGCCGCCGUCGGAGAAGCCAUCCAAGCCCUCGUUCCUUCGGCGGAGCCGCCUUCGUGGGGAAGCAGGCUCGGAGUUCGCCGGAGGCCGUCGUUCGUGCGACACGGACCCAAGAUUCUCCCUUGAUGCUGGCCGCAUGUCCGUCGACGAUGUAGGCCUAUCCUGGGACGGGCCCCGCGCGUCCUGGGACGGCUACCUCUUCGGCGCCGGCGCCGGCAUUGGCCUUGGCCGAGCGCCUCCGCCGCUGUCCCGGCUCCCGCCCAUCCUGUCCGCGCUGGAGGACUCACCUGCCGGCGUGGUGGAGCGCUCCGAUGGCCAAAUUCCUGUGGAAGAUGACUCGCAUCCAGAGCCCGACGGCGACGCCAACACCCCUGGCGGCUCGGCGCAGACGAGAGACUACUACAUGGAUACGUCGAGCAGGAGGCGCCGGAGCCUGGAGCGGUCAAGCUCCGUGCUGAGAAGGUCGUUCGAAGCGCCCGACCCAAAGCCAGCACCCGCAGCGGCCGCCAUCACCAAUGCCACGGCGCCGCCGCUGAUCGGCAGCUCGGAGUUCUACCACUUCCACCAUGCCGAAGACCUGCUGGACCAACGGUUCAGCUCCAACUCUCUCAUCGAAGACUUCCCCGUGACCCUGGACGCUGCGUUCCCGGGCCCCGCCAAGAAGCCACGGCGUCUCGGCAAGGCGUGGAGCCUGUGGGGCUUCAUACACCGCCGGGCCACGGGCCGGCGGAGCGACCCGUCCGACGCCGCGGACCGCGCGUUCUCGGAGCCGUGGCCGGAGCUGCGCGCCCGCGGGUACGGCAACGCCGGGAUGCAGAGGUGCAACAGCAACGCCAGCGCGCGCAGCUCCUUCAGCAGCAACAGCGCCGGCCUGGGCAGCUCGCGGCGCUGCUUCGUGGACGGCCACGGCAGCGUGAAGCGGCGGCAGGAAGAGCAGUGCGUGCUGGAGCGGAACCGCAGCGCUCGGUACUCGCCGGGGCAGCACGCGGACAACGGCAUGCUGCGGUUCUACCUGACCCCGCUGCGGAGCGCCAGCGGCCGGCGCGGCGCCACCGGGCUGCCGCCCAACGGCGGCCGGCACCUGCGGUCGCAGUCGUUCGCGAGGAGCAUGCUCCGGCUGUACUGAGGCGUGGCAUCUCGUUUCACCUGACCAGCAGUUCGGCGGCAUUCGGGCUGAGUAGGAGUAGUUUCUUUGCAGCAGUGGUUAAGGCUUAGUGGUAGUAUGAUUAAGGUCUGAUUAAGGGCAAUGGUAUAGUCAUAAAUCGUUUUAUUACAUGCUUGUGUAGGUUUGGAUGGAAUCAUGGAAUGGAACGAGGUUUAUCUCAUGUUAUGACUUGUUUG